GCAUGUUUUUGCAGAUUUUUCAAGAGGCUGAAAGAAGAACCAACAUUAAUUCAAUUGCAAAACUCACAAUGGCGUGUGAGAAGACGAAAUCGCCACUUUGUGAGAGAAGAUCCCCACUCGUUGUGAUCGAUGUAUGUAGCUACAUCGACCUUAAAGAAACCAUCAGUCAACGCAUGCACAGAAGAAAAAGGUGGUAA